AUGGAGAAAUAUACCAAGAUUCGAGUGCUCGGAAAGGGCAGUUUUGGUAGCGCCAUUCUUAUCAAACGUCGUAGUGAUAAUGCACUUUUGGUUAUCAAGGAAGUAUUCCUUGGUAAGAUGAGCCGAAAGGAGCGGGAAGAGGCACGCCAUGAGUGUCGAGUGUUACAACAACUCAACCAUCCUAAUAUUGUGAGAUAUGUUGAACACUUUGAAAAUCGCAAUAAUUUGUAUAUUGUAAUGGAAUACUGCGAUGGUGGUGACCUUCAUAUAAAACUUAAAAAUGGUGGUCCAAUGAAGGAGAGUACUAUUCUUUAUUAUUACUCACAAGUGUGUCUUGCAAUGGAGUACUUACAUUCACGUCAUAUUUUACACCGUGAUAUUAAAACGAUGAAUGUUUUUCUUAUGAAAAAUGGAUCUGUAAAGUUAGGUGACUUUGGUAUAUCUACCGUAUUACGCAAUACGAUGGGUAUGGCAAACACGGUGUGUGGUACACCUUACUACUUCUCUCCUGAGAUUUGCCGCAACAAACCGUACAAUAACAAAUCAGAUGUUUGGGCCCUUGGUGUAUUAUUGUAUGAAUUAGCCACUGGGCGUCAUCCAUUUGAUGGUAAUAGUAUGCAACAACUUAUGCAACGCAUUGUAAAGGGAACGUAUGCACCAUUACCAUCACACUUCUCAUCAGAGUUUCGCAAGAUGGUAGACUGGUGUUUGCAAAAGGACCCUGCACGUCGCCCUACUAUUAAACAAUCCCUCUCACUCCCUAUUGUGCGCCGUUCUCUAGAACAGUUGGAGGAGAAUCUUAUGCUUGCAACCCAGUGUAAAGUCCGACUAAGAGACAUUAUGGACUUUGACGUGGGCUCUAGUGGUGACAAUAAUAAACAACGCGGAGCUGAAAACAAAACACCAUCAUCACCAUCACAACAAAAACAACAACAAGCUCCACUAGGAAGGCCACCACGUUCGCCUUCGCCUUCGCCCUCACCAGAGGCAGGAGUUCUUUCACCGGGCCGGGCAGCCGCUCUUGCGGUAGCGGAACAACAACAACAACAACAACAACAAAAGUCACCACGUCGGCCGGUGCCGCUUGGCCCAAAGCCCAGUGCUGGAGGAAUUGCAGGAGUGCCGGCAGUUGAUCACAACCGCAUUGAUAACUAUCGUCGCCAUCUGCAGCAACAGUACCAGCAGCGAGGAGCGGGCAGUCCAUCAUCGGCGGGGAAUGUCGAGUGUAGGACGCCACGCCCAGCAUCACCAGCCCCCCAGCAACUCCGAUAUCCACAACAACAACAACAACAACAACAACAGCAAAAACAGGAUCGGAAUGUAGUGGAUGCGGUAGAUCCACGAAAUAUACCAGUAGUUGAACAGCAGAAACGUCCUCAUGAGGGAGAAAAAGGUGGGGAUGCCUUUAAAGAGCGAAUGAAACGUGUUGACGCCAUCAUGCAACGGUAUGCAGAGAAUGUAGAUCCAAAGGCUCGUGACACCAUUCAUGCGUAUAUGAAACGCAAACAAGAAGAAUAUGCACAACGUCAAAGAUCUCAACAAGAGCGUCUUAAACGUCGUGCAGAGUUACGGAGAAAAGAAUUAGCCAAGGUAAUUGAAUAUCAGAAUAGGAUUGGGCGUGGUGAUGCACAGCAAUAUCAACAACAAAAGGCGUUGCCCCGAAAACCUAGUGCGUCACCCUCUCAUGUAGGUGGUGAUGUUUCACCGUCCUCUCCACGGAAGCAACAACAACAACAACAACAACAACAGCAACAACAACAACAACAAGAACAACAACAACAACGACAAGCCGUUUUUGGUCGUGAUCCACGCUAUGUCCAGAGACUCUCUAAAGAACUAGAUCUCUCUCCCCCAUCACGCAAAAGCAAUCAGAGCUCCAACUGCAUUAAUGCCCCGAAUCGAAAACGAGUACCCCACAGUGCUCGAGAAAGAGGAAGGGUGGUUGCAGCAAAUUCUCCACGUAUUAUUGCCCCACCAAAGACUCGACAGCCACCGUCGGAGAUGUCACCGCGAAAUGGAGGUGUACGCAGUGCACAACCACCACCACCACCACCACCAGCAGCAGCAGCAGCAGAAGUGGCAGCGGCAGCAGCAGCAGCAGCAGCAAGAAAUGCAUAUCUAGGUAAUAGAAACUUUAAUAAUAUUAACAACAACAUGAACAAUCUAAAACUAGUGCCUCCACCACCACCACCACCACCACAAGUGGCAGGGCGUUCAGGGAUACCAGGGCCCCCAAGAGUUUUAAGAGGAUCGGAUAUUAACGCACCGUUGCAACAACAACAACAACAGCAGCAGCAGAGACCCCAAGCAAUGCUCCAUAUCAUUUCAACACCUGUUCUUCCCAUUCCUACAGGAGGAGCAAAUGGCAACCUUGCUGAAGAUAUCCUUAUAGAAGUGAAGAAAGGUGAGAAAGUUUUUGUAAACAGUCGAAAAUCACCAAAUAUAAUGGCGCGACGUAAUAGUCUUCCUUUACAUCAUCCUACAGAAGUUCCUCAUUCUCAAAAUGGUACCUCAUUCAACAGUCUGCCUGUUUUGGGAUGCAAACAUAUGAUUCGACCUACAGCUGCAGCUGGAUUUAUGCCUCAGGGUUUCGUGAAACAAGACGCACAAGAAGAACAACAACAACAACAACCAGGUCCGUUGCGUUCUCCAGUUUCUGCUGUAGGGGCACCUGGUGGAAGAUCGCCGUUUUCUUUUCUUUCUAGAGAUGAAAUACCAGCAGCAGUUGAGGUGCGUCGUCGUUUGGAACAACAACAACGUAGACAAUUUGUGCCACUGACAGAAAUGAAACUACAGUUUGAGGAACGUCCUGGGAAGGCGGAUUGCAUAUUAAGUAAUCCUUCCAUUGGAGCUGGAAUAGAUGAUAAAAAUGUUAUUACAAAUAAUAACAAAAAACGACUGAGCAACCCUUCUCAAGUUAUAGAUGAAAAGAUAUCAUUUCCUCCAUCACCUUUCGGUGGAAUAAGUGGUGACAACGCUGGUGAUGGUCAACCACGAGCGAAGAAGGUACCGCCACCACCGUUAGCUCUUGGUCCUCUACAAGUGCGUCCACUACAGAUGGCUCUUCCGCAGAAUAUGUCACCUUUACAAAUGCCUUCGCCUCAGAAACCCGUAGGUGGAUCUGUUCUACCUUUUGCGAGAGUAACAGGAAAGCAACUUGUUUCGCGAAGCAAUAGCAACAAUAAAAAGACCUCUAUUUCAUUACAACCAAUGGCUGGAAUUAUGCCGGCUGUAAUGGGUGUUAAAGUAGCACCUCAAACUCGAUCAGCCACAACAGCAACAGCAGUAGCGGUUACAGGAGCACGUCAGGAAAAUUUUGAAGCUCAAAAUGACCUAACAGAUGAGCCUCCCGUUCUUCUUGAUAUAGAAUAUAGUGUUUCAGCCCCACUUCAGGAUGAUGGAGUUAGACAGACAACACCAGUAAGAUCAACAUCUUUGUCAUCACUUCCAGUAAUUGUGACAGGUGAAGCUGUAGGAGGACAUCCAGAUGUGUCACAACAGUGGAGGAAUGUUUUGGAUAAUAAUGGAAGUUAUAAGAUGCCACACCGUGUUCCAAUAACACAAGUACAAGGAACUGUGAUCCAUGAGAGUUUUGUAUUUAAUGAAAAGGAUGAUGUUCUCGCGGCAUAUCAAAAGGUGAGUGAAACACGUACAAGUAUUCCAAGUACACUUGAGGUCCUUCGUAGUCUUAGAGAUGAUGAUAAUGAAGGGGCUGAUUCGCGUAAAGGAGAACCCUCCGCCGCAUCACUAAUGUUACUGAAACUAAAACAACAACAACAAGCUAAGAAUUCACCUCCUAUUUUCCCGUCUGCAUUACCAACCAGUCUACCUGUUCCUCUCUGUGUUGAAGCUAUGGCUGCACAACCUCAACAAGAGCAACAACAUUCAUCAAAUAUCAGUAAUCAAGAGGAGACAUCUUCUUUAUCACUGGAAGGAAGUAACAGGGACUCCGUAAUGGAAGAAGAACGCCAAGCACUUAUGGCAUUAAUAGAGAAUGUCCGAGAUGCUCGUGCCAACGAUGAUGGUGAACAGAGCGAAUCCAGUAUUACUUCAGUUGAUGGUCAUCAUGAGAAAUCACUUAAUGGAUACCUGGCAAUGCUUGAUCACCUCCGAGAUCUUUUGCAUCGUCGCGUACCGUUUACGGACAUGGAAUCCCAAGAUAAACAAAAAGAAUCAAAAGCAAAUAAAUCAUUUCCGAUACCACCUGUACUCAAAGAAGAAGUUCCGGUGACACUUGGACAGAGCGGUGUUUCCGUUUCUACUGAUUUACCAACACCACGGAAUUUGCUGAGUACUAAGCCGAAUGGUCCAAAACAGGAAGUCCUCCAUGAGGUGGAACUAUCAGAAGGAAGAAAGGAUAAUGAAGUACUAGAAGAAGAAAAAGGAAAAUAUCAAAUAAAACAAGAAGAAAAGAAUAGUGAAGAUAAUUAUAAUACAGAUAUGGAUGAGGAAGAUUACGAAGACAGUGGUGAAGAGGAAGAUGAUGAUGAUGAUGAUGAUGAUGAUGAUGAUUUUGAAGAUGCUGUCCCGUUAUCGCCAGUGCGCUGUGCCACAGUAAAUGAUACUUACCGUCGACUCCUACAAAACGCUGGUUUUAUCCCUGUUGAAGUGUUGCCUGACAAACCUUGUAAUGUAAUAAGUGGUGGUGGUGGUGGUGUUGUUACUAAUAAUAUUGACGCUAAUGGUGGUGCCGAUACUCACGGGGUAACAAAUAGCUGUAAUGAUAUUCUGGAAAACUAUUCUUUUCUAGAUGGAGCUGCGGGAGAGAUAGAGAGUGAUGAUGACGGUGGCUGCACAAUGUACAUUCAACCGGUCGCACAGGAAUCACCGAUGCCUGAUUCUGAUGCUGCUGCUGCCGUAGAGAAAGAGAAGAUGAUACGGUAG